CGCGCGCCCGAAGCGCGGCUCCCGCGCCCCUCCUCCGGCCCCGGCUCCCGCGCGCCUCCUCGAGAUCGAGCUCUGAAAGAAUACAGGCAACAUGUUCUACACUCAAGUGCUUAUGAGCAAACGAGGGCCGUUGGCCAAAAUUUGGCUUGCAGCUCAUUGGGAGAAGAAACUCACAAAGGCCCAUGUAUUUGAAUGUAAUCUGGAGAUGACCAUUGAAAAAAUUCUUUCACCUAAGGUGAAAAUUGCACUUCGAACUUCAGGACACCUUCUUUUGGGAGUUGUUCGAAUCUAUAAUAGGAAGGCAAAAUAUCUUUUGGCAGAUUGCAGUGAAGCAUUUCUUAAAAUGAAGAUGACAUUUCGCCCAGGACUAGUUGACCUUCCAAAAGAGAAUUUUGAAGCAGCUUACAAUGCUAUCACAUUGCCAGAAGAAUUUCAUGAUUUUGACACCCAGAAUGUGAAUACUAUUGAUGUUUCAGAACACUUCACUCAGAACCAAAGCAAACCUGAAGAAAUCACACUUAGAGAAGAUUAUAGCAAUGAUCUACUUUUCCAAGCUGGGAGCUUUGGGGAGGAAUCUGAAGUUCUCAGAAGAAAUAGCUUCUUUGAUGACAACAUCUUACUGAAUUCCAGUGGUCCUUUAGUUGAACAUAGUUCUGGAAGCCUCCCUGGUGAUAAAUGUGUGUUCUAUGACAGUGGAGAUGGAUUUGGAGAUGAAGGGGCUGCAGGAGAAAUGAUUGACAACCUCUUGCAAGAUGAUCAGAAUAUCCUGUUAGAAGACAUAUCAUUGGACAGAGAAAUCUCCCUGCCUCCUGAGCCUCCUGAUACAUUAGUGGAACCAGAUAAUGCAGAGAAUAUAUGCCUACCUGAAAAUGAAAAAAUGAAUGAAACCACAAUAUCAAAUGAAGAGGAAGGAUUCACCCUUGACCCAGUUGAUGCUGCAGACAUUGCUGAUAAAAGGAAAGGCAAAAAGAGAAAAUUGCUCAUAGAUCCAAUCAAGGAGAUCAGUAGCAAAAUUAUGCAUAGACAGCUUACUUCCUUUACUGACACACUCAUGGUUCUGGAACUUGCACCUCCUACCCAAAGACUGAUGAUGUGGAAGAAGAAAGGGGGAGUGGAUACACUUCUGUCAACUGCUGCCCAGGAUUUGACUCAUGCUGAACUAAAAUUGUUAUUUACAAAGUGCUUUCUGUCCUCUGGCUUUAAACUUGCAAGAAAAUUGAUACAGAAGGAGACAGUCAGGGAAGAAAAUGGAAAGGAAAACAUAGUAGAAACCUCUCUGAUGGAAGAGCCAAAUUUCCAGAAAGAGUUAAGUCAAGCCCAAAUUUGGAAGGGUGUGAUUAAUGGAUCUAAGUGUAACUCUCAUGAAGAUGCCAUCAAAAAUAUUAACUCUGAGCUGGAUAUUGUUGAAAUGAUUUCUUCAGCUGCUGAGGAAUCCUCUCUUAUAAAUGGCAUCUUGUCACAAGAAAUUGAAAAUUGUCCAGUUGAAUCGGAAUCAUUGGGGAGUGAACAAAGCAUUGAAGCAGAAAGAUGGAAUCGAAGAAUACUUCAGAUGUUAAAUAGAUUACGGGAAUCUAACAGGAUGGGAAUGCAGUACUUUAGUCUGAUGAAGUUCUGCAGACACAGUGACCGAAAACAAGCAGCUGCCAAAUUUUAUAGUUUUCUUGUCCUAAAAAAACAGCGGGUGAUUGAGCUGAACCAGAGUGUUCCCUAUGCAGAUAUUAUAGCUACAGUGGGACCAAUGUUUUAUGAUCUUUGAAAGAAAUCUGGAACAUGUAGAUUUAUGUCAUCAGUGAAAGUUCUGCGUAGAUCGGUUAAUCUACUAAAGAAGCUGGAGGCAACUGAAUGUUUGACCCAUUUCAUAGCUAGGUUGAUUUUAUUUCUCCUUUGUAAAUUCAGAAAAAUCAUAGCCAGAAUAGGAAACCUGUAUGUUCAUAGAAGCACCUAAUUACAGCUAAGUAAUUUUUUUUUCAACUUAGCUGACUUGAGUAUAUUGCAUUUACCAUUUCCCUGACUUAAAUGUUGCAUUUAGAAUACAUAUUUUAAACACUACUUGCCUUCAAGAAACUUGCAAGGAUGUUUUUAAAAAGCUGCUUUAUAUUGGAUUGUUUAGUUAAAUUUUAGGAUUGAUUAAUAAUACUUUCUUGUUUGUUUUCCCACAGACAUUAAUCUGUUUGAUUUUAAUGCAUAUCAUCCCUGAUUUCACCUAGUGGCAUAUUUUUAAAUUAACAUCUUAACUGAAGAACUGAAAAAUCCAUCUUUGUUCUAAAUUACCUGAGUGUCUUUCAGUCUAUUUAUAGGUCAUUUAACUUUUUUAUUUCUAUUUACUAAUUAUAACCACCAUUGAUGUGUCAUCAAACUGAAAUCUUCUUAUGUUAAAAAAAAAUUAGUAGAUACUUUUCAACAUGUCUGCAACUACAAUUCAAGUAGAGGACACUAAAAUAAAUAUUCUUUUACUUGGUGUUUACUAACAUUUUUGACAUUAAAACUAUUGUUUUUCUUUUUUCUUAGUUUGGAUUAGGAAAUAUUCAUUAUUAUGCUUUGUCACCUUCAUAGUAUACUCUAAAAUGAAGCCUAUGGCACUUUCUAUAGAUACUGUUUUAUCUGAAAUUAUGCUAUAAGCUAAAUUCUAAAUGGCCUUGAAUGUACUAACUAUAAGAUUGAAAUGUCAAAAUUGCCUUUUUAAAUUACUUUUAAAAUUAACAUAUAGAAAAAUUGACUUUUUUCAUUUUGAUUCACAGCUCUAGGAAUUUUAACAUAGGUCUAGAUUCCUGUAGCCACUGCCACAAACAGGAUCCCGACAGUAACAGCACCCUGCGCUUUGUAGUCACAUGUUUCCCCCACUCUAACUCUUGGCGACCGCUCUUCUACAUGGCUGCACUUUUGUCUUUUUGACAAUGUCAUACAAGUAGAACCAUGCAGUAUUUAACCUUUUGAGACUGCUUUCUUUCACUGUUGUAAAGACUUUGAGAUUGGUUCAAGUGCUUGCCUGUAUCAGGGGUUCCAUUCUACUUAGUGUGGAGUAAUGUUCUGUUGUCUGGAUAUACCACAGUUUAUUUCUCUCCUGAAGAACAUUUAAGUUGUUCUCAGAUGUUAGACAAUUAUAAAUAGAACUGCUACAUACAUUUGUGUACAGUGUGUGAUAUGGAUUUGCAUUUUUUAGGGAAAAUAUAUACAAGUGCGAUUGCUGGCUCAUGUGGUCAAUGCAUGUUUAUAAGAAAUUACCAAAUUAUUUUCUCGAGUGGAUGUACCAUUUUGCCCUCCACCUAGCAAUGUGUGAGAGUUGACUUCUCAUUACUCUCUGUUUUGAGAUAAUUGAAGGUUUACAUGCAGUUGUAAAAGAUUAUACGGAGGGAUCCUAUAUACUUGCCACCCAGUUUCUCCCGAUGAUAACAUCUUGUAUAGCGAUAGUACAAUAUCAUGGGAAAUUGACAUCGAUAAAUAUACUCAUCUUAUUCCUAUCUUACCAGUUUUACAUGCACUCCUAUGCAAUUUUUUCACAUACAUAGUUUCACACGGCAACCACCACAGUCAAGAAACAGAACAUUUCCAUCACGAGGAUUAUUUGUGCUUCCCUAUUGUAGCCCGGCCGGCUCUCCCACAGCCCUCCUCCCUAGCCCCUGACAGCCACUAAUCCGUGCUUAAUGUGUUCUGUUCCCCUCCAACUACUGCUGGAGCCAUGCUGCACAAAUUUCAAUUUGUUGUAUUUUUACUUUCAUUCAGUUGUAAAAUUUUCUAAUUUCUCUUGAGACCUGUGGAUUAUUCAGAAGUAUGUUGUUAAUUUCCAAAGGACAUUUUUCUGUUCUUUCAAUGACUCUAAUUUAUUGUAAUCAGAAAACCUAUUUUAAGUGAUAUUUAUUUUUUUAAAGUUUGCUUAAUGACCUUGUAUAGGGUCUGUCUAGGUGGAUAUUCCCUGGAACUUGAAAAGAAUAUAUUCUCCAGUUGUUAGGUGGAAUAUUCCAUAAAUGGCUAUUGCUUGAUCAAUAAAAUCUUUUAAA